GUAAAGUUAGUGUUACUUUGCACACGUUUCAAAGGACCGGUGAAUUAAGAUACAGUAACUGAGCAAGUACAAAACCAAAACCCUGAAGUAACCACAAUGGCACUCAGAGAGCGAAGACUUCUGCCAAGUCUUCUAUGAUAUGCACAUCUGCAGGUGCAACCACUUUACUACAUGUCGGGAUAUAUUUCCAACAGUAUUGGAAGGAUGUCAGAAUGUGGUUGUGUCUGGCUCGGCCUCAUCGUCUCAGCUGUGCAUUUAUCAUGUACUUCAAAUCUGGAAAUAUUCCUUAAUAUCUCGGGUGGAGUUUAUUGCAGACAGUUCACAUUUGGAUGUGAGUAAGGGUAUUAUUAGUUGCAUUAUAUGUAUGUAUUUACAUUUCCAUAGCCAUAUGCAGACUUGUCUCCUAGAAAUUGCAUUUAUUAUAACAGCAAAUACGUUUUUGAGGGAAAUGUAAUGCAGAGCAAAUCACACUUUUCAUUAACAUGAUGAGGAAAGGUUGCUAAUUAGUGUACCUUGCAAAUCGCAAAGGGCCCUGACUCACCAAGCUGAUGGUCCAUCAUCACUAAAUGUAGAGCUGUCCUUGAGCAUCUGUCGCCUAGUUUUGUAGUGUGUCUUGCACCAUUGGUACUAGUCGGCCUUUGUCGUAUAUUUGUUUGUUUUUUGGCUGUUUUCAGCAUAUUGAAUUGGCCUUGGAGAUAUCGUAGUCCAUUGGUGAAUGAAAUCACUCUGAUUGGCAACACAACUUAGUGCAUGAGAAGAGAAAUGGAAGUGAGGAAAGCAAACAAAUGGCUAAACUCACAGGGGUAAGAUUAUGUUUUUAAUCAUAAACUCUUUAGCAAAAAUGGUUCGUAACUGUUUGUGUUACUGCUCACUAACACGAUAAAUAUCAUUUGCUCUUUCAACAUCAGGUGGUGUUGCUCAUGUGCUAACUGGCUAAUUAGCAUCUUGAAUCUGCUCUGUUGGUCUUCCAGUUUCCCUUUUGUAAUGACAAAUGCAGACUACAGCCAUCUGCUGGUAUGGAGAGUUAUUUCCUCUCAUGCAGGCACAGAACAUAUGCGCUCGUUGGCCUUUAGCUGUAAUCUGCGAUUUGUUCAACUGCAACUUUUUGGCUGAGACACUGGUGAUGUGAGGAAGAGCAACAGUCGGCCUUCAUUGCCACUAGUCCUUUAAUGUUGUUGUAAUGUUGUUGUUAAUCACAGGCCAUCCCUAACUGUAAGCAAAGCGCUUUUGGUGCCUAAGCAUAAGACCGGAGUCUGGGUGCAAACUAGAGAUCCGCGGAUGGUGUUUGAACGCACCUGAAUCCUCAUGCACUCAUCAAUCAUCCACCCGCCACCCAUCCGACGUAAUUAUCUUCUAAAAUUUAGAGACCCGCACCUGCACCCAACCCGCGCCAAACAUUAAGUUAUUGUAUUUACAUUUAAAUUAUGUCCAGCCGUUCGUGCUCAUUCGCUUUUCAUAUAGGCGCAGAUUAUAGGCUACUUUCAAAUGUGGUCACAUUUCUAAUGUAAAAAUUACUCUGUCCUAAUACUGUUUGCUCUGUUGCAAUAAUAAAAGUCUUUGAAGUGAGUCAUGUCCUCUUGUGCCCCGUUUUACGGAGUGUGCAGUCCCCUCCCAUUUAUAUAAAUAAAGGUCGUUAAAUACGAAUAUAACUGACAAAUCCACCCACAAUCCACCCGAAAUUAAUUACAAUAUUAAUUUUUAUUGGCCCACCCACCCGCGGAUGUCGCGGAUAUAUCCGCAAGAUCUGCAUCUCUAGCGCAAACACAAGGUUCUGGUGUCAAGGUCCUGCACUUUGCACAUCGCUGUCCUUGGGCCACAUAGUACAUACAGUAAACACUCUUAACAUAAUCCAGGCAGCAAUUAAGUUGCCAUAACAACAUAAUUAAUAAAGCAGUUCAGCAACAUACAAAUGUAAUUUCUAGGAGACAGGAUUGCCACACCAUAGGUUGAGGAAAAAGUGAAACCAAUUUACCCUAAGUGCUCCAUAACAGCUGCUUUCUGUUUGAAGUUUGAGCCACUACAUGAACAGGCUACUCCAGAGGAUUAAUGGAACAAAUCAACGCGCACUGUGAUAUUGAGUCAUCGUAUGUCUACAGUUGGCUGCUUGUCCUAUCUCACGGUGUUUACCAGAGUUAAAAUUACUCAGUUCUUCUUGGCACAUGCUACACUCUUCCACCAAGUUUCAUGAGAAUUGUGUCAGUAGUUUUUCCAUGAUCCUGCUGAUAACAAACAAACCAAACCAAAAACAUUACCUUAUCUUGGCGGAGGUAAUAAUAACCUGAUUGUCUUUCCUCUGUGAGUCUUUAGAAUUGCACAACACUGUUUUGAUGGCACCGAUGGCGUUGGCAUCCUGUUAAUGACUACAAUCUGCCUGCCUACAGUCACAGUGGGCAACAUCAAACACACUGCUCUUCAGUCAAGGAUGAAUAAGCUGGGGAAGCAUUUAUUGCACAAUUAUAUUUGCAUGGUAGUCUGCAAUGAGCUUCCUUGAUGAGUCAGAGUCAGGUACUGUAAAUAAGUGGAUAAACGGUAAGUGGAGAGUUCAUUGUAAAGGUAGAAACCAGUUUAAGUCGAAGGGAAUCGUGUCAGAUUUUGUCCUGUAUUGAGCAACAACCAUAAAGGCCCACGUUUCUUCCAGGACAAGAGAAAAAAAUCGCCAGCAGUGUCAGCUUUCAGUGUUCCCACUUGUGAUGGUAUCAGGUGUACUUUGAACAGGCUUGUGUUUGGUUAAAACUAGCAGGAUGGGUGGGGUAAUGUGAUGUGGGUUUGUACAGACAAGGUGAAGGCUCCUGUUGUAAUACAUGCUCAGGCAGAGAACGGGCUUGAAUGGAAUCUGUUACCUCUAACACUGGACAGACUGUACCUUAAAGGAUUAACUACUCUUUGGAAAUAACUGUUUGAAUGUUGAUAAAACUACAAUGGAUGCGAGCAGCGAUACCUCAAAAAUCCUGGAGAAGGGUCCGGAGUACCUUCGAAAGCAAAUGGAGCUGGAGAGUGAGACAAAAGGAGGCAUGAGUGCUGUGGAGAGGCUCGCUGCAAGUAAACUGAAAUAUGUCAAAAGCCAACAGGUGGUCAACUCGACCCAGGAGCCAGCAAUCAGUCUUGGAUCGGCCUCUGUGAGCAGCAUUGCGUCUUCUCACCAGAGCUCAAACCGUGGUGGGGAUCUUGUCCCAGGGAGUGACUCAAAAGAGGCUGAAUGUGGUGCACAAAUCCCCAGAUCGCCAGUAGAGGUACGUCGGUCCAGCUCCAAAAAACGACCAGACUCUCUUCUGCUCUACAGACAGAAAUGUGAUUUACUGCGAGUGUCAGCGAGUGACCGGAGACGCCAUUUUAAACGUAAGCUGCUGUCCAGCUCUGUGAAUAAAAAUGUUUCGUUACCUGAGGCAACAGAUAAGGAGUGUGAGAGCAGCGAGGAAAAAAUCACCACACCUGAGGGAACGGCAAAGGAAUGCAGCCCGUGUGUGGCGACCUCUCAGUCAGAGAGGAAUGGAGUAGCAGAGCAGCACAGCAAAGAAAACAGGGAUUCUGGGACAAAGGUGAAAGCUGGUGCUGGGAAGAAAUCUGCUGGUCUCCUGACGGUCCCUGAGAUUGAAAAACGGUCUGGCAAAGGGGUCAGCCGUUCCCACUCUGACAUCAGCUCCAGGUACUCCAAAAACUUUGCAGACUUUGAUGCUUUUUUCAGGUACUGUGGGCUGGAAGGUGAGGUUAUCGAGUCUCUGGGGAGGGAGAACUUCUCCGCACGCUCAGAUGACACUGCGAUAUUCAUCAGGAGUGUCAGCAUCUCUACAUCAGACGACGGCUUCUCCAGGACCAGUGGUGACAGCGACGGACUGAUGGAGGAGAAGUUGAAUAAGAAGAAAAGUCAAGGGACAUCAGUUAUCGAGCGCAAUGCGAGGAUUAUCAAAUGGCUGUACAGCUGCAAAAAUGCUACAGAGACUGGAAAAAAGCUACGAGACCUCGACUGAGAUAUGUUUUGUAUAGACGAUACCGACUCCUGGCUUUCGUUUGUGAAAAACCCCAACUUUUGGCCUCACUUUUUUACCGUAUUGCGUCCAGUGUUUGUGUGUCUACAUGCCCAUCAUCGUUUCUUUCAGUUUCUGCACAUACUGCCUGUGUGUGCCAAUUUCAGCUGAUACUUCAGAGGACAUGAAGAUUUGGCGUGUUUGCUUCUGUUCAAACUUGCAUAAAGAUACAUGUUGGGGCCACAUGAAAAAUUCCCCAGAAACACAAAAGCAGUUCUUUUACUAACAUUUUUGCCUAAAAAAAAAUUAUAUUUACUUGUAAUUUUAUUUGAUUAAACUGUGCAUGCUACAUUUAUCACACAGCUGCAAUUUAGAAUACAAUCCUGUGUUAAAGGUCAAAACUAUGUUUACAGUUGAAGACACACAAAUCUAGAGGAGAACAUAAGCACACAUUUUGGGUUGCCAGGUUGUAAAAGAAAUAAUUUGGCUUGUGUUUUUACCCCACUAUUUGGUGAUAAUGCUGUCACAAAUGUUGUCAAUCCAUUAAUUCAUGCUUGUUACACAGCUCUGUUUAAUACUUAAUACAAUGCUUCAAAAGCAGACUGCUGCUACUGAUGCAUUUUCAAUCAAAGACACUUAGUGAAAGAUAUAAAAUCAGUGUUAAGGUCCAGUGUGUAGGAUUUAGGGGGAUAUAUUGGCAGAAAUGGAACAUAAUAUAAUAUGUUUUCUUUGGUACAUAAUCACCUGAACAUAAGAAUGUUUUCAUUACCUUAGUUUAUAGCUACAUAGGAAGCCGGACCUGGUUCACAAGGAUCGCCAUGUCGCACUGCUGUGUUUCUACAGUCGAAUAGAACAGACAAACCAAACUCUGAACAAACACGUUUGUUUUGGAGAGGAGGAGACCUUUGGCUGUUUUGGAGAGGAGGAGACCUUUGGCUCCUGGUAAAAACCUCCUGAACUCCUGGAUCUGAAGUUCGCAAGAGGUUGGCAACCCUUCUCCAACAUACCAAACAGUGUAGAAGAAACACUGAUUUGUAACGUGAAACUGCUUUAUUCAGUUUUUUAAUCAGCUUGUCUGGUUGUUUGAAGAGGAAGAGACCUCUGCAGAUAAUUCGGUAAGAACCUCCUGAACAGUGGGGGAGAAGUUUCAUCUGCAAUCCUCGCCACUAGAUGCCACUAAGCGCCCCUAAAUCUUACACACUGGACCUUUAAAUCAAUAUUUUCUUACAAAUGAUUGAUUAGUUUUGUAAGUAGCUGUGUAAUAAGCAGGAUAAUGUACAGCGAGUGAAUCUCUACUGCAAAAUGAACUCCUUCAGGGUGUUUCAAGACCCCUCCGCUUGGUGCCAGGGUAUUGCAUCACCCUGACAGGGCUCCUUUCGCAAUACUGACCUGCUUGCUGUACCCUUACAGCAACCCUUAGUUGAAAAAUCCUUUACAAGGUGAGCACAGGUCAUCGCUUAAAGACAAUUACACUGUAUAUUACCCAUUAUAAAGACUGUUGGUUAAGUUAUGGAGCAUUUAUAAACGGUAUUAGAAAGUGGUACCAGCAAUUUCACAUAGAGCACAUUUACUUUACCCUCUACUGGGUCAUUGCUAGUUUGACCCAGUGCUGAGCGCCUUGUCUGACUUAAAAUGGGUUAGAAUUCAUCCAGUAUGUUUUAGUGUGUGACUGCGUAUGAAACAUGUAAGGGUGUCCACUACUUAUUCACAUAAACUGUGUUCCUCAGCAGGGUCUCUAGAUCAGGACAGGCAUGAAAGUGGUCUUAAAUAAUAAUUUAUGUAACCUGCUUCUUAAGGUCAUAAUCCAAUGAGUGCAUGCCAUUUCCCUCCAGGUGGAAGGUGUACAUUUCAUUACACACACACACACACAGACACACACACACCAGUAAGAGAGAUCUGCUUCUCACAUUGUUGUGGUCUGGUCGAGUUUGCCUUGUUUACAGUAAUAAAAUUUAACGGCAGCCAGACAAAAAAGGCGUGUAGCAUAUGUAGGACGUGUUUAUUUUCUAGCCGAAGAGUCUGUUUGUUGUUGAGAGCUGUGUGAGAAGAAUGUAGCUGAUAAUCUGAUAGGCUUAAGUCCAGUGACCCGAUGUAACUGUAUCUCCACUUCCCUCCCAAUCUCUGCCUGCUGUUUCUCUUCACCACUUUGUCUCUCUUUCUGUCCUUGAGCCAACUUUCUGAUCGGAGGCUGUAACAUGAGAAAAAAGGAAAGGACACACUAUUGUUGACUCAAACGGAAUAACCACCCACUCUGUCUCUUUCUCACACACUCAUAAAACAAACAAUAUUGAUGUACAGUGUAUGUGAGUAGAUGCUUUAUUAUUAUUAUUAUUGUUCAGCUGCGCCCAUGUUGUAGACACGCCUUUCACUUUUACCAGAAGCCUGGCUGAUAAUUUUGUAUCGACAAGUCAUGUCAUGCCCUCUCCUCUUGUUUACUGCCAGAACUUAAAGCUACAUCUUAGAACUCAGUUGAUGAUUAAAUGAGAAAAAGGGCCACUUAACGUUUCAUAUGUGGUUCAACCUGUAUCAGUAAUGUGAUUAUUGACCAAGUGUUUUCAUUGUUGUGGGUUUGCAAAUGUCUUCUUUAUUGGGAUUUUUAUAGAGUGAAAGUGUUACUAUUAGGAAUUUACCACUCAAGACUUAAAGUUUCACCGCUGCCUGUUUGACAUAGUUUUAUACUGAAGUACAAUAAAUGUUUGUACACAAAUAAAGUUAUUAUUUUUCUGA